AUGGCUGCGACUUCCCUCAUGUCCACGUUGGCUGCCCGGCUGCUGCAGCCCGUGCACAGCUGCUCCCUCCGCCCUCGCCCCUUCCACCUCGCGGCAGUUCAAGAUGAAGCUGUUGUAAUUUCUGGAAGGAAACUGGCCCAGCAGAUCAAGCAGGAAGUGCAGCAGGAGGUAGAAGAGUGGGUGGCCUCAGGCGACAAACGGCCACACCUGAGCGUGAUCCUCGUUGGCGAGAAUUCUGCAAGUCACUCCUACGUCCUCAACAAAACCAGGGCAGCUGCAGAUGUGGGAAUCAACAGUGAGACAAUUGUGAAACCAGCUUCAAUUUCAGAGGAAGAAUUGUUGAAUUUAAUCAGUAAACUGAAUAAUGAUGAUAAUGUAGAUGGCCUCCUUGUUCAGCUGCCUCUUCCAGAGCAUAUUGAUGAGAGAAGGAUCUGCAAUGCUGUUUCUCCAGACAAGGAUGCUGAUGGCUUUCAUGUAAUUAAUGUAGGGCGAAUGUGUUUGGACCAGUAUUCCACCUUACCAGCUACCCCAUGGGGUGUGUGGGAAAUAAUUAAGCGAACUGACAUUCCAACCCUAGGGAAGAAUGUGGUUGUGGCUGGAAGGUCAAAAAAUGUUGAAAUGCCCAUUGCAAUGUUACUGUACACAGAUGGAGCGCAUGAACGUCCCGGUGAUGCCACUGUUACAAUAUCUCAUCUGUAUACUCCCACAGAGCAGUUGAAGAAACAUACAAUUCUUGCAGAUAUUGUAAUAUCUGCUGCAGGUAUUCCAAAUCUGAUUACAGCAAAUAUGAUCAAGGAAGAAGCAGCAGUCAUUGAUGUGGGAAUAAAUGGAGUUCAUGAUCCUGUAACUGCCAAACCCAAGUUGGUUGGAGAUACGGAUUUUGAAGGAGUCAGACAAAAAGCUGGUUAUAUCACUCCAGUUCCUGGAGGUGUUGGCCCCAUGACAGUGGCAAUGCUAAUGAAGAAUACCAUUGUGGCCGGAAAAAUGGGGCUGAGGCUUAAACAGCGAGAAGUGCUGGAGUCUAAAGAGCUUGGGGUAGCCACUAAUUAA